AUGCAGCCAACUUUUGGGAUUUCUGAGUGGCAGGAGCUGCCCUGCCUUGUGAGGCGGAAAUGGAUCCUCCACAUCCUUUCCAGGCUCCGAGCAACUCCAGAGGGCACUGUGGCCUUCAGGCCGUGCAGAGCUCCUCUCUGCCUCAAUUGCUCUGACCUCCCCGGAGAUCUGCCCCCGGAGGGUGCAAGGAUCCUGGUGUCCUGCAAUGUCAGUAGGGAGGAGUUGAACCUGACAGACGAGAAGCUGAGACUCUAUCACCUGGGGCCCCAGCAGACAGACCUGUUUGUGCCCAUGUGUGCCACGUACCUGCUGAUCUUCGUGGUGGGUGCGGUGGGCAACGGGCUGACCUGCAUGGUCAUCCUUCGCUACAAGACCAUGCGCACGCCCACCAACUACUACCUCUUCAGCCUGGCCGUGUCGGACCUGCUGGUACUGCUCGUGGGCAUGCCCCUGGAACUGUACGAGAUGUGGCGCAACUACCCCUUCCUGCUGGGCGCCAGUGGCUGCUACUUCCGCACGCUGCUCUUCGAGACAGUCUGCCUGGCCUCGGUGCUCAAUGUCACAGCCCUCAGCGUGGAGCGCUAUGUGGCCGUGGUGCACCCACUGCAGGCCCGGUCCCUGGUGACACGGGCCCACGUGCGCCGCGUGCUUGGGGCCAUUUGGGGCCUCGCUGUGCUGUGCUCGCUGCCCAACACCAGCCUGCAUGGCAUCAAGCAACUGGAGGUGCCCUGCUGGGGCGUGGUGCCCGACUCGGCCAUAUGCACUGUGGUGCGCCCACUAGUCCUCUACAAGCUGGUGGUGCAGAUCACGGCACUGCUCUUCUUCUGCCUGCCCAUGGCCACCAUCAGUGUGCUCUACCUGCUCAUCGGGCUGCAGCUGCGGCGGGAGAGGGAGCUACUGCUCAGGCAGGAGCCCAGGGCCCGGGCCCGGGCCAGCGACACCCGCAAGCUCCAGCAGCUGCAGAAUCAGGGCCACACGCAAGUGACCAAGAUGCUGUUCGUGCUGGUCGUGGUGUUUGGGAUCUGCUGGGCCCCGUUCCACAUCGAUCGCCUCAUGUGGAGCUUCUUGCCCCACCAGACCGACGACCAGCAGCUGGCCCUCGCCUACCAUUACGUGCACGUCGUCUCCGGAGUCUUCUUCUACCUCAGCUCGGCUGCCAACCCCGUGCUCUACAGCCUCAUGUCCAGCCGCUUCCGGGAGACCUUCCAGGAAGCCCUGUGCUUGGGAAGCCGGUGCCGCCGCCACAGGCCCCACCGCAGCUCCCACAGCCUCAGCCGGGUGGCCACGGGCAGCACCCUGUGUGACUUGGGCUCCCCAAGCAACAGGAUCCACCCCCUGGCUGAGAAUGGGGGCGCGGCGGGGCAGCAAGAGAUGGACCCCUCCUGA